AUAAAUUAAGUGUAUGAUAUUUUUUUAUACGUUUUCGUUAAAUUUUAUUGUUUUCUUAUUCUAUUUGUAUUAAUUUAUACGUACAGAUAUUUAAGAAUAUAAAUUGUAUAAUAUUUUAUUGAUUAUUUGGUGCUUAUUAUCAUCUGAUCAUAUAAAGAUCUUAAAAAAUGAUUCGUUUGAUAAAAUAUUUUCCAUCAGGCAGUUUUAGAAGAACUUUUAAUACGAAUAUAAAAUGUUAUGCAGCUACUCAGACUGUUGUAAAAACUGCAAAGACAGAAAAAGUAGAAAAAAUUAGUCUUGGGAAAGAAAGUCAAUCGUUUACCACCAACAUCUUUCGAGGACAAUUGCAAAUAAAUCAAGUAUUUCCUUUCCCUGAACCAUUAAAUGCAGAACAAACAGAAACAAUUAAAAUGUUUCUUGACCCAAUAGAAAAGUUUUUUGAGGAGGUUCAUGAUCCUGUAAAAAAUGAUGAAACACAAUCAGUAGAUGAAAAAGCUAUAUCAACUAUGUGGGAUCUUGGUGGCUUUUGUCUUCAAGUUCCAACGGAAUAUGGUGGAUUAGGACUAAAUAAUACCCAAUAUACUAGAUGUGUUGAAAUUUGUGGGUACCAUGAUUUGGCAUUUUCAAUUGUUUUAGGUGCACAUAUGAGUAUAGGAUUUAAGGGUAUAACAUUAUUUGGUACACCAGAACAAAAGAAAGAAUAUCUUCCUAGAGUUUGCAACCAUGAAUAUGCUGCAUUCUGUUUGACAGAACCAUCUUGUGGAUCAGAUGCUAGUGCAAUACAGUGUCGUGCAGUUAAAUCUACUGAUGGAUCCCAUUAUGUUCUUAAUGGUAGUAAAAUUUGGAUAUCAAAUGGUGGUAUAGCAGAUAUUUUUACUGUCUUUGCAAAAGUACCGGUUAAAGAUCAAAAAACAGGAGAAACAAAGGAUAUACCAACAGCUUUUAUUGUUGAAAGAGGGUUUGGUGGUGUAACAAAUGGUCCACCAGAAAAAAAAAUGGGUAUUAAAGCUAGUAAUACAAGUGCUCUUUUCUUUGAAGAUGUAAAAAUACCAGUAAAAAAUCGUUUGGGUGAAGAAGGACAAGGAUUUAAGAUUGCAAUGAAUAUUUUAAACAAUGGUAGAUUUGGUAUGGUAGCAGCUCUAGCAGGUAAUAUGCGUUACUGUAUUAAACGAUCUGUAGAACAUGCAACACAACGUGUACAAUUUGGACAUACAUUAGAUAACUAUGGUUCAAUUCAGGAAAAGCUUGCACGCAUGACCAUGUUACAAUAUAUUACUGAAUCUCUUGCAUAUAUGAUUUCUGGUAACAUGGAUAAAGGUAGUCAAGAUUAUCACUUAGAAGCUGCAAUUGGAAAAUGUUUUGCAUCAGAAUCUGCCUGGUGGGUAUGCGACGAAGCUAUACAAAUUCAUGGUGGCAUGGGAUAUAUGAAAGAUACGGGAUUAGAACGUGUAUUACGAGAUUUACGUAUUUUUAGAAUAUUUGAGGGUGCAAAUGAUAUUCUUCGUCUAUUUAUUGCCCUUACUGGUAUACAGUAUGCUGGAAGUCACUUGAAAGAAUUACAAAAUGCAUUCAAAAACCCUACUGCCAAUUUAGGCUUAAUUGUUGAAGAAGCUACUAAGAGGGCAACUAGAGCAAUUGGUUUGGGUUCAUCUUUGAAUUUCGCACAUUUAGUGCAUCCUAGUUUAGCGGACAGUGCUGCAUUGUGUACAAAAAAUAUAGAGUCUUUUGGAGCUUGUAUAGAAACAACCCUUAUAAAGUAUGGAAAAGGAAUUGUAGAUGAACAAUUUAUUUUACAUAGAAUAACACAAGCAGCAAUGGAUAUAUAUACAAUGAUUAUUGUGAUGAGUAGAGCAACUAUGUCUGCAAACAAAAAUAUUCCAAGUGCACAGCAUGAACUUCUUAUAGCUCAGACUUGGUGUGCAGAAGCAUCUAGUCGUGCUGCAUAUAAUCUAAAGAUAGUAAAUUCUAAACAACAUUUAGAUCUUUUUAAUAACUUCAGUAAAAUUUCAAGAAAUGUAUGUGAUGGUGGUGGAUGUGUCCAGCUAAAUCCUUUAGGAUUUUAAUUAUAAGAAUAUAUAUUUAUAUCGAUUGAGAAGUAUAGGACGAUAUAUAUUGAAGAUCAGUCUAUCCCAUGCUAAAAAAUUAUAAUCAUUAUGCUUAUAUGUAAGAUAUAUAGUAUAUAAAUUUAUUCAAAUAUUAUUAUAUAUGUAAACUUGUGUACAAGUUUAUACUAAAUACAAGGACAGUCGAUUCAUUUUUGGAAAA